UAGGCGUGCUCCCCUUUCGACAGAGACUUUAUUGUUUGAGAGGAUUGCUAGGCAGAAUUGGUGGGGAAGGGACCCGUUGAAAUGAGGACAAGCUUGCCCGCGAUGGACUGAGAAAAGGCUUCGAGCAGAUGGCGUGAACGCACAAGUCUUGCAGGGCACCGUGAACGAGCCAUGACAGUGAGUUGUUUAGCAAGAUGACGAACAGAAGCUCUGGUUCUGCAUGAACGUGGUUCACCUAUUGUUGCAGAGGGUGGAAGAUCAGAGGCCUAAGAGGAAAGAGGGAGCUUCAAUUUCGGCUCAAGGAGGAGAGAGGCUUUUCUGUAAAAGGGAACUAGUGUUCGAUUUGAGAGUUUGAGAGAGGUUUUGGGGGCUUUUUCCAGCGGCUAGGGUUUCUCAUAGAGGGGGCUUUUUCUGGACAGAAGAGAAGGAAUAAGGGAAGCUCCUGUUUACACUGAUCAGAAGUGUCCGGUACUACACAUUUUGGUUUUUCCAUAUUGGGUUUGUUCUGAAGUAAUCUAGUUCAUCCAGCCCUUUGUUGGUAGUAGCUAUGCUACCCACUGGGUUGAAAGACACCCAACUCCGUGAGAGCAACAGCCAAAAGGUUCACCCUCAACCCAUGGAAGAGGCCAUGAAUCAGAAUCCAGAAGCUAUGGAAGCCCUGAUAUCUAAAAUAUUUACAAAUAUUUCCUCAUUGAAGUCCGCUUAUAUUGAACUUCAAGCAGCUCAUACACCCUAUGACCCAGACAAAAUUCAAGCUGCUGAUAAACAAGUCAUUUCUGAGCUCAAGAAUCUUUCUGAGCUGAAGCAUUUUUACAGGGAAAACAACCCCAAACCGGCAUGUGUUUCUCCUCAGGAUUCCCGCUUAGCUGCAGAGAUCCAAGAACAGCAGAGCCUACUAAAAACCUAUGAGGUUAUGGUGAAGAAAUUUCAGUCUGAAAUCCAGAAUAAAGAUACUGAGAUUAUUCAGUUGCAACAACAAAUCGAGGAAGCAAAUCAGAAGCGAAUAAAGCUGGAAAAGAAUCUGAAGCUUAGGGGUUUGUCUGCAAAAGAAUCAGAAGAUUCAGGAUUGGAAAAUGGAUUCUUCUGUGUGGAUUUAACCCCUGAUCUCUUUACAACAACCGUGGAAUAUGCUUUCAAAGCUAUUCACGAUUUUUCGAAGCCAUUGAUUAACAUGAUGAAAGCUGCUGGGUGGGACCUCGAUGCUGCAGCUAAUUCUAUUGAACCAAAUGUUGUUUAUGCCAAAAGAGCCCACAAGAAAUAUGCAUUUGAAUCACAUAUAUGUCAGAGAAUGUUCGUUGGAUUUCAGCAAGAAAGUUUCGGUGCUAAAUUGGACAAUCUUACAGCGAAUAAAGAGAGUUUCUUCCAUCAGUUUCUUGCUCUGAAGGAGAUGGAUCCGUUAGACGUGUUAGGCCAAAGCCCGGAUAGCACUUUUGGGAAAUUUUGCAGGAACAAGUUCCUACUUGUUGUUCAUCAGAAGAUGGAAGCUUCAUUUUUUGGAAACUUAGACCAGAGAAACUAUGUGAUGGGGGGUGGACACCCUAGAACACCAUUUUAUCAGGCAUUUCUGAAACUUGCCAAGUCAAUCUGGCUGUUGCACCGGCUGGCUUUUUCGUUUGAUCCUGCAGUUAAGGUUUUUCAGGUUAAGAGGGGAAGUGAAUUCUCAGAGGUUUAUAUGGAAAGUAUGGUGAAGAAUCUGGUUAUGGAUGAAGGUGAUCAGAAGCCUAAAGUUGGACUCAUGGUUAUGCCUGGUUUUUGGAUUGGGGGAAGUGUGAUUCAAAGCCGAGUUUAUCUCACGGGCAUGAAGGUUGCCGAGUGAGUAGGAAGUCUAUCCGAAGUAAAAACGGUUAUAUGCAGUUUGUUUAAUAUGGUGUGUUACUUUUUUCCUUUUAAUGUUGCUGUUGUAUUUCUGUAAUUGUGUUUCUUCUUUUCUUUCAGAGUGAAAUGAGUUCGUAUCCCUGUAAAACUCUAUUUUUGUUUCCACGCCAGGCGUGUUCCCCUGCC